AUGUUUGGUCGCUGCCCUAUUCAUGGAAAUGUGUAUAAACACGUGAACGAUCCAAGCACGGAACAGUGUAAUGAAAAUGAAACAGCCUCACGAAAGCUAAUGAAUGAGAAACGAUUAAAGCGAUUUGAUACUACUGCAAGUGCUUGCAGCUUUACCAGACCAGCGGCAGAUUGUGCGUCGUCUGUUAAAAACAGAAACAUCUCUCCAAAAUUUGAUCCAGAAAAGAUAGCGAAACUUGAACAUAAAGAAGACAAGUUAACAACUUCGACUUUUGCAUCUAAUAACUCGUCGCUACAAUCAUCUCAAGCUUCUCUUGCUUCGUAUAAAAUACCCAGGAAAAAUCCCACUUCAACAUCGAAUCUCACAGCUGCUAAAAGCAAGAGCAGGGUAACUUUUAAUUUUAUGUCCACUAACACCAAAUCUAAAUCACCUAUAAAAUCACCUGUAAAAAAUUCCGAAAGUAGAAUCGCACGCAGAAAGUUAAAAGUACCCGAUGUUCCUAAAAAAGGAUCUGGAAUUUUACAUCUGUUGCCACCUGGGGUAGGCAGGUCUCCGCUGAAACAAACUGGAGUAGUUGAUACGAAUAAACAACUUACGAACAAAAAUCCUAAUUCAAGGUCUAUCACACAAUCAACUGUCCCAAACACUUUGAAUGUCAGUACUGCAAACACAUCUUUGAAAAAAAAUCAAGUCCAUUCUGGAUAUGCAAGCAAAGAACGUUUGAGCAAGAUCGCUAACUCAAAGUCUACUUCAAGUUCGAAUGACCCCAAUGAGGGAAGCACUUGUCGAGAUUUUGCACCCAGGUAUUCAUCAGGCCACAGAGAACUUUCCAGCAAUCUGAAGGCUGACAGUAUUGCUAAUGUGAACGAUGAGAAUUCUUCGCACGAUUUAACACCUAGGUCUUCGUCAGGCCAAACUGCGCCCUUUGAACAUUCUCGUCCUGUCGCUGUCGUUCGUCCUACGAAAAUUGAUGAAAAUAGUAGUCAAGGAACUUCAAAUGAUCAAGAGGCUGCGAAAAGACGCAAGGAG